ACGAUUUGGUCGGUAAGGUCACGGUCGUAAUCCUCGUCGACAUCGUACAUGUGUUUGCAGCUUGCAGCCAGCAAAAUCAUGGCGUCCAGGAAAACAAGACAGAAUUACUCGAUACAGCAUCUGCUCGAGUUACCCUCGAAUCGGGAGUCGAAAUUAUCGCGGUUUCCCGUGAAGGAGCAUACUCAACUGCUGCCGUCCAUGCCAACCCCUCGCCAAGUUCCGGUGACCGUGUUGCAUCCCUCUCCGAAAAAGGCGUCACUCAAAGGAAAGGCUGCUGAAUUGGUUCAGUCACUCGAAAUGUCGGCUGACAAUUAUGAGCAAGCAUGGCAAAUGUUGAUAAAGCGAUAUGACAACAAGCGUCUCAUUAUUCAAAGGCAUCUCAGAGCACUGUUUGAGUUACCAUCCAUUACAAAGGAGAAUUUUAACGCUCUUUGUCAGUUAGUGGACGGAGUUCUCAAGCACAUAAGGGCCUUAAAGGCGAUGGGCCGUCUAACGGAUUCAUGGGACGAUCCCAUCAUACAUUUGGUAACCGGCAAACUAGAUCACAAUACCAAUAAGGAAUGGGAAGAUAGCAUCACAGGAAAUGACAUUCCCACCCUAAAAGGUUCUUCAUUGCAGACGCAAGUUAAGGUCGGACAAGCAAAGGUAUCGGCCCUCGUUAGUACCAAAACCGCAUCAUGUCAAAGGUGCAAGGAAGAUCAUCAGAUAUAUUCAUGCAAACAAUUUUUGGAUCUUUCACCAGAGGAUCGUCUGAACUUCAUCAAGGAGGCAAAAUUAUGUUGGAAUUGCUUAAAGGCCUCAUCACAUACAGCAAGGAAUUGUAGGUACGGCAAUUGCAAAACAUGUGGAAAACGGCACAAUUCAUUACUUCAUAUUUCCGGAGACAAAUCAGAAACUAAGGUCUCGGAAUCUUCAAAUCAGACAACAACGCAACAAGGAAACGCAUCCACAACCAAUGUUGCACACACGACAAUGUCGAACGUUACGUCGCAAGUCUUCUUGUCAACGGCACUGGUCAACACUCGCGAUUGCCAAGGAAACAAACAAACUUGUCGCAUUCUACUUGACUCAGUGAAGCCUAUUGACAUCUCGAUUGUCGGGGUGAAUCAUGCGUGCAGUCAGGUCAAACGAAUGACUCAAGUACAGUUAAGUUCAAGAUUCUACGCAUACAAUAUCAUCAUCAAUUGCUUGAUUUUGAAGAAGAUCACCGAACGUUUACCCACUAUCAGCAUGGACAAAACCAACUUCAAGCUACCAGCAAAUCUACCCAUUGCGGAUCCAGAAUUCAAUCAGUCAAAGGACAUUGAUAUAUUACUAGGUGCAGAAUUAUUUUGA